UUGAUAAAAAUGAUGUACUAUGACAAUGAGAAUGUUUGAUACAUUUGAUGUGAGGUCGUCGAAAUGUUGCUAAUAGUUAAGGUCUGGGUCAAGGAGAUUUUCCGCAAGUAGUGGCGACAUUUUUAUAGUUUUUCUUCCAUUUCCACUUUGUGCCAAGUCGGUCGACACCAGGUGUUGUAUCUCAUCCAAUAGGUUUCGUUGGUUGGUUAUUAUUUUUUCUGUAUUCAUUGGGAUUUUACUAGUAUUCAUUGGGAUAUUUCCGUCUCCUACUUCUUGUGAAAAUCUAUUCUUCAAAUGUGGGACUAUAUCAAUAUAAAAGGAAUAUAGCCCACAGACGCCCUGCACGUGUCUUGCUAUCUUAUGUCUAGCUUUCUAUGACGAUCAAUGUAGAAUGCCGCUAACAAAGAUCAGCAUCAUCAUCAAAUAUCAUCUUAAUUUAAUUUGAGGCUGUAUUUUUAAUGCUGUGUAUUAUAUGAGUUGCUAUGAAUAGUAUAUGAAUAGAAGAAUUCGGGAAAAUAAAUCAAAAACAGGCGAAUGAGGAUGAAGAAAAAUUGAUAAGGUUUCCAGCCCUGCAUUCUCUAUCAAAGCAAUGAUUGCUGCCGGUGAUCCACCAUGAAGAGGAUUUCUGCUGAAUGAAACUGAAUUAUCGCUUCAAAAGUCUGAAAUUCUAAUCAGUCUGAUCAUUUUCUCAUUUAAAAUUGCUUUGCUGCUAGGACAUCACAUUUAAGUGUGGACACUGGAUCGAGUUUCCGACAAGUAGUGGAAGUAAUUCAAUGUUUUAGCAAUCCAUUUUGGUUAGGGCAGAUUCGAGUAGAUUCUUAAUCCACCUUAAGGUUAGAGAUAAUGCUCAUAACAAUUCCUAUUAACUAGCACUUCCAGGUAUGUGUUGUUGUGUGACAAAAUCAAGAUUUAGGCCCGCGGCUUCCAUGAGCGAAAUUAAAUUGAUUUUGUUACUAAAUUCAAGACUGACAAUUGCUACAAGAAACCGAUACGAAACAAUGUGUGUGAUGGAAUGGGAAAGUGGAAUGGGUGAGUGGAUACGAGAGAGUGUGAAUAUAAUAGAUAAAAUAUCUUAAACAGCGCUUCGUGUAGAAUAAAAUGAAGCAAGCGGAACACUAAUGGUCACAAGAAGCCAAAACAUUCUAACAACAUGCAGAUAAUGGAGUAGAUUAGAAAAAGCGAAACUACUUUCGAUAUUUGCAAUAAAGUUCUAAACGACAUU